GUGACGGUAGAGUACGGGUACGGUACGGGUUGUACGUGGGGUUAAGGGUUAAUAACCUUGCAUUUUGGUUAAUUUCAAAUUUCAUUUUCAUUUAUUUUGAGAUACUUUCCAACAAAGAACAGAGAAAGGGACAAUAUUUGUAUACAAGUCUAUUUUUGUUCUUACAUAUCUGCAAGUCAUUCCUCCUUUUUGUUGAUGAACAAAGCGUUUUUUAGUGUAUAGCUGUCAUUGCUAGUGAUUGCUAGCAUAUAUUUUGGACCAACAUCCAAGUUUUAAGUGUUUCCAGAAAAUGUAUAAUAAUAUAUAAAAACAACACAUAUUAGUUAAAUUAUCGUAAUAUAAAUACACAGUUCUGAUUUGCUCGCGGUGUUCAAAUAGUAGAUUAAACAUGAAGGUAACAGUAACAACCUUAACAGAUUUCAUAUUUGUGUUAGAUGUUUCUGAAGAUCUGGAACUAGAAAACUUUAAAGCAUUUUGCGAAAUUGAAUCUGGAUUUCCAGCCUCUGAAAUUGCAAUAGCCUUUAAUGGAAUGCCCCUAAUGGACAAUAAGAAGUCCCUUAAAGAUUUUGGCAUUAAUGAUGGGGAUGCUGUUAUUCUACAACAUAUCCAAAGCGAGUCACAAAUGGACCAGUCAGGUAAUCUAGAUUUUAGCAACAUAGAAGUUCCAAAUACAACCAACAACACGAGAAACCGCCAAGUAGAAGAUGACCCUGUGCUUAUCAGGGAAAUGUUUCUCGCCAACCCUGAUCAACUUGCCCUCUUGAAACAGAAUAAUCCAAGAUUAGCUGAUGCUCUUCUUAGUGGGGAUAUAGACAAUUUUGCAAGUGUUCUAAGAGAACAAGUAAAGGCAAGACAGGACCGUGAGGAACAAAGACUGAGAAUGUUAAAUGCAGAUCCUUUCGACACAGAGACUCAGCGUCUGAUCGCCGAGGAAAUUAGACAAAAGAACAUCGAAGCUAAUAUGGAGGCAGCGAUGGAAUACAAUCCGGAGUCUUUUGGCACCGUUGCGAUGCUAUACAUUAACUGUAAAGUAAAUGGAUAUCCAGUUAAGGCAUUUAUCGAUUCAGGCGCACAAACCACGAUUAUGUCUAGUCGUUGUGCAGAAAGGUGCAAUCUAAUGCGUUUAGUUGAUACUCGAUGGGCAGGUAUAGCUAAGGGAGUCGGCGUUCAAAAAAUUAUGGGCAGAAUCCACAUGGUACAAAUCCAAAUAGAAAACGUAUUUUUAACAACUAGCUUCUCGGUGUUGCCAGACCAACCUAUGGACAUGCUUCUCGGUUUGGAUAUGCUGAAAAGACACACGUGUUGUAUAGAUCUCAAAACCAAUGUCUUACGAAUUGGUACCACCGGUACUGAAACACCGUUCCUACCCGAAAGUGAAUUGCCUGACUGUGCAAGACUGAGUAGUUUAUCUGAAGAAGAGGUGGCUUUAAGAUCAAAGAAAGAAUUUGAAGAGAAGCAGUUGCAGACCGCUGUAAAAAAUAGCCAACAAGAUUCUUCGCCUUUUGGAGCUUCUACAAGCAAUGCCGCCAGUGCUGCCACUACUCCUACACAAAAUGAAACUUUUUCCAAUUUCACAGAAGCUGAUAUUAGCGAUCUCGUUAGCAUGGGAUUUAGUAGAGAACAAGUGAUAUUUGAACUAAAACGAUUCAAUGGUGAUAAAACUCAAGCUACUGCUGCGCUUUUUGCAAAAUCUUUAAAAUUUUAAUUUCUCGGGGAUCUUUGGUUUGUGUAUAGUGAUAUUAAUUUUAAGUACUGUAGACAUUACAAUACAUACUUGACACUCAAAUUGAUUUUGAGGGAAUCUAAGCGUUUUUAUAAUAUACUAGCAGUAAGUUUAAUAUUUAAUAUUAAAUAAAAUAAGUGUUAUUAA